UGAACACUGUGCACUGAGAAUCCACACUCAAGGCCGAUUCACACACAUCAGUGACGUACAAGUGUCGCGUCCGUUCAGUGCUUCAGUGUCAGUGAAAAAAAAAAUAAAUAUCGUUGCCUUGAAUUCAACCGAAGCAUUUACACACGGCCGGCGCAGUACCGUGUUUGGACUCUGUGGCUGUUACGUCUUCGUUCCGUGAAGUUGAGUAUCGUCGCCACCAAUAUUUUCUAGAUUUUCACGGACGCCGGACGAUCUCGAGUGUUAUGAGCUGUCAAGAAAAUGGAUGACGAACUACUUAUUGAAUUGGUGCGAAACCUUCCUGUUCUGUAUGAUGUAAUUGUCACAACGCAAAUAUAUGGAUAGCAGUUUUCGGACAUUCUGAAGUACUAGAAAAAUUUUAUUUCAUCAUCAAUUGGUUCCUUGUACAAAGUCGCAAACUCUCCUUCACUUUCUCUUUUCUUCCACGCUUCAAGUACCCACUUUUUUUUCACUCUUUGUUCUGUCUCCUCGUCUUUAUUCUUUGUCAUUACAUUCAGACCCUGCUCCACCCUAGUGGUGCUCUGCAUUCAUCAAGAAUUAUGGCAAUCAUUGCCAAGUCCACGUCUGUAAACUUUGCCAUCUUCGAAAUUACUGACCAUGGUGUACGGAGUCACCACGGAUAUGUAUGAAUAGACGCCACAGAAGCGACACGGAUAUCACUGAACGAUACUGAUACGGCACUGAUAUGUGUGAAUCGACCCUUAGUUGUGACGAGAAUAGUAGUUAACAGCGUCGUUAAUUAAGUUAGGUACUGAUGUUUUGCCAGGUUUGAGAGACAUGUCUUACCUCACCAUCUUUCCUUUCUAUCUGCUAGCCCAGAGGUGUCGAGGACUACAUUUCCCAGUACCCAAGACCCUUCAGACACAUCACUCUUGACUCUCCUCCGUUGCGACCGGAAGACGAAAAUGGCAGCCCGUCUGUCUGCGCAGUGCAGGGGCCAAGCACCACAAGGGUAAAGAACAGCAGAAAUGUCUCUUGUCCACUGUACCGUGGCCCACCAGGGUUGAGACAAGAUGCCAUUCAAAGGCGCAGUGCCUGGCUUCAGAUGAAGUACAGACAGCGCAUGAAGCUUCAAAUGAAGCGUAAAAAAUUGUAAGUCAACAAAUAGAACAAUUAAAGUUGAAUAAAGCCGAAGCUCAUUCAUCUGUGCCUUCAACACAAGUAACCACUGCUGCCACCAUCAGGCAGAAUCUCCCGCCCUUACUCAAGCUCCUGGACCCACAGGACAGAGGGAUCUUUACUCCACGUCCUUUGCUGACAGUCACUUUGCGAGACUAUCUUGGAGCCUCCAACUUAACCUUGGAAAUACCCAGUGAAGGGAUACAGGCUUCAGAGCUAACUUACAUGGUCCUGCAGCAGCAACGAUACCCACAUGAAGCUCUUCCUACCCACCGCUACCACGUUCUGCAAGUGUUCACGCCGCACUGUGUAUACAGUGUGGCUCCUGAUGAAAUAGUGAUGCCUCAGCCUCCUCUCAGGGCCGUCACCGCGCACAUUAACUCUACUUAUCUCCUCACUGUCGAUGCUUCUCACUAUAAGAUAGAGGAGGAUGAGAAGUUAGAGUACUGCCAAGAGCUGCUGCCGUGUUCCAAGGAGCUGCAGGAAUCACGCUACUCUGAGGUGCUCAAGGGCCGGCGCAUUGCAUUGCAGGCAAGAGUCACAGCCAGGGAGGACAUGCUUCGUUUUCUUGAGUGUGUAAAGGGAGGGAAGCUGCAGGUGGAGGGCUGUAGUGUGGAUGAGGCAGUGGAAGAGCUGGUUCGUCAUGGCUUCUACAGUGACCCUGAGGAGAUGGUGUACAGAUGUGGUGAGCUGGAUGAGUUCUGGAAGGAAAGUUAUGAGGAUGGGUAUGUGGGAUGGCACCAGCAGGAUUGCCUCCCUCACCAGGCAACCAGUGAGGCACCCAAGUUAGUCAGGGAGCAAGGAACACAGUACAUCACACCAUCAGACAUGGGGCCCUACAGACGUCAUUGGUACCCGGAUUAUUCAUACUUGAGGCAGGCUGUUAUUGCAGCAAAGACUAAGAGCCGGCUGUUAGAGCAGUUGACAGAAGAACUUCACUCCUACCGCCACCACUUUCACCAUCUCGACUCCAUCACUCCCAAGGAGCUCUUCGCUGAUGACAGAGAGACUCUCCUUGAAUGCUUGUAUGAAGAAGCUCAGAUUGAGCAAUUGAAGGUAGAGCAGCAGGCACUCUUCCAGAGUAAGUUGGAGGCCAAACAGUACCAUGUUUCCAGCGACCACCUGGCUGGUGUCACUAUUCUCAAGCAGCUACCAACAAACUUUAAUGAUUUUCGGUUUUGUCUUGAUAUAUUUACUUAUGUUCUAACCACUCAUGCCUAUGAUCUUGCCCUGAAGAUGGCCAUCAAAGAGUUUUGUGACAUGCGUGGUUAUUAUCUCUUCAGGACUUUUCUCCUGAAGAUGAUUAAGAAGAACAGGAGGGAAAUAUUAGAAGUAUUAGAGAACAGUAAAAAAAUGUCAUUUAGCUUCUCUGAUACGAUUUCUGCUGCCAAUCCUGUAGUUGGUGGGAACCUCUUUGAUGUUCCUUCUUGGCAGUCAGAUGAUGAGGUGGGACCUAUUCCAAGUAAGCAACCUGAAGUACCAGCUACUUCUGGACUCCCUACUGACACAGCACUGCAUCACAAAGACAAAACAUACGGAAACAAAGGAAAGGGAUUUCUAUCUCGAGACAGAAAAAAAACUAGCCAGCAGCAUGUGAGAAGUAAUGUACAACACCACAGAACUGGUACAGUGCCAAGGCACCACAGAUCUGGCCCUAAAUCAGGUCACCACAGAACUGCCACUAAAUCAAGACAUCGUAAAACUGUGACCUCAUCUAGGCAUCAAAGAACUAGUACAAUAUCAAGACACCACACAACUGUGACCUCUUCAAAGUACCGUAGAACUGUUAUUUCCUCAAGGCACCACAGAACUGUUAUCUCAUCAAGGUACCACACAACUGUUACUUCUUCAAGGUACUGCAAAACUGUUACUUCCUCAAGAACUAGUACAAUACCAAGGCACCACAGGCCAUCUGACACUAAAGCAAGGCGCAGCAGAACUGACACUACUUCAAGACAUCAAAGAACUAGUACUUCCUCAACACAUCACAGAACUCGCAAUGUAUUCAGGCACCACAGAACCCACACUACAUCAAGGAAACACAGACCGCAUGGCACCAAGGCAAGACACCACACAACUCACACCACAGCAACACACCACAGAAUCCACACCACAGCAAGGCACCAGAAAACUCACACCACAGCAAGGCACCACAGAACUCACACUACAUCAAAGAAACAUACAUCACCUGGCAAUACAACAAGACACUGCAAAACUCACACUACAUCAAGGCACCAUAGGCCACCUGGCACCACAUCUAGGCACCACAGGACUGGUACAUCAUCAGGGCAGCAUCCAACUAGCACCAUACCUCACCACAUGCCUAGCACUGUACCCGAGCAUGAUAUAGUUUUGGAAAGAGACUAUAAAGGAUACAAGACAGUACAUGGUGAAGGCAGUAGUGGUCACAAAAAGCAUGUUGUCUCACACCCAUAUGGCAAUGGCAAUGACUCAUUUUUCAGUAAUACUCAUGAUGAUGAAAUCAAGCAAAUAUUUGAAGGAAGUAGUGAAGAUGAGACUGCAGCACCAAGUAGUGGUGAAAGAAUCAGUCACAAUAAGGAUCGAGGCAGUCAUGCUGCAGAAACUGACAACAGUGAGUGUUAUUCCAUAACAUCAAAUGAUAACAGUGACAGUGAUCAAGACAUUGUGCAUUAUGGAGGGGAUGAUUCUGAUGUUCAUUCAACAAGUUAUAAUUCUAAUAAAAAAAAGAAAGCUAUGAUAUUAAGCACCAGUGGUAGGGUACCUAACAGUUUUUAUGAGUUUGGUGACUCAUCAAGUGACAUCAUAAGUUAUGACACAUCAAGUGAUGAUGAAGACAGUGGCUCAGGUGUAAGUGAUGAAAAAGAACAACCCCAUGUUGCUCUGAAUAAUGGGACUGAUACUGAUGCAAUGACCCUCGCUGGUUACAUGAAGCAGAAUUCUAAUAAUGCAGAAACAGUUGAUCAUCACAGAAAAAGCUGAUGCUGCUGAAAAAAAGAAGAAAGAUAACAAGAAAAUGCACGAGAAAGAAGAGUCUCUAUGGGAACCAGUAGCUCUAACAAAACCUGAACAACACCUGACAUCUUGGGGACCACUGAAACUCAUCUAUGAUAACCUUAGCAGCCUUCUUAAAAAGUGGGACCAUUACAGAUAUUUGGUGCGAGUCUUCCAUAGAGCUUUCAAAUUAGAGUGUGAGAAGUGGCGUGAGGUUGUAAAGAGGACAUACAGGCUUCUAACUCCAAAGUUUCGGGAGAUGGAAAGGCGAAGGGAAGCUAAGAAUAAAGGUUGUUGGUACAAGUUGUCCACACCACGUAUGAAUACAAGAGAGAAAUACCAAGGCAGGAAGAGUCCUUGUGGCACUGAAUUACAAUGGGUGCAAAAUCAUGUUCACUGGCUGAUGAAAUAUGACAUGACUUUGAAUCUCAAACACCAUGCUUUGGUUCGCUUCCUGCUUAAGAAAAAAGCCAGCCAGGCCAAGUGAGGCUUGUACAAGGAGGAAGAUGUCUAAGCAAUGACCUAUAAAGGAGUAUUUUAUUGUCUUAAAUUUCAGUGGAUGAAAAUCAAGAUAAAGAAUAAGGCAAAGACAACAUAGAUGAAAAAGGAACAAGGAGGAAAUAUGUCUUUCUCCACUGGUAUACAAGAAAGAAAACAGUAAUGAAAUAUUUCUUAAUCAUAUACUCAAAAAUGGCAUUCAUGAGUAUACAGUUCAGUUGUGUUCAAAAUGGAAAGUUUGUUUCUUAGAAUAAAUGUAUUUAUCUCUCAAGAUUCUACAAGAGGUAACAAAGUUGCUGUGGUUUCUGCUGAGAGCACAUUGAAACUGAAUGAUGUGGUAAACCUGAAAGUCUUCUCAGUUUUCACUGCAGAGAAUGGAUAGAUUUUUUGAGAUUCACUCGAGUUUCAUCUAUAUGUCUGUUUUUGGAACUUUAAACCUCAAGUGAUUAUUUUCAUUUUAUGGAAUGCUUUGCCAAAACAAGCUGCAGCAUAUUGCUUUUUAUUGACCAUGAAGCUAUAUAAUACUUACAUAUAUUUCAUAAUUACAACCUUUUUAUAAAUUAGGAUAAGGUAUACAGAACAUCAGUUUCUGAUAUUUCACUGUACAUAUGCAGACACACUCACACACACACACACACAUAAUGAAGACCACACAUCAUCAGGAGGAAAAGAAGUCAGAGAUGUUGCCAUACAUGCAUUUAGUUUCUCCUCCAGCAUACCCUUUGCUGUUACCAAUUAGUUUCCCACUAAAACAUUAAAUAACCCCACAAAAUGCAUGUAAUUCUCCUAUUAACAUAUACAUGUUAACAAACCAAUCAGUCAUGUUCAUCUGUAAACACUUCAAUGCAAAUGGAGGAAUACACACACUGUAAACAAACAUGCACAACAUCCCUGUAUCAUCCAGGGUAAUAGAUAUUCCCACAUUUUAUAACCAUGCUGUACCCCAAGAGUGAACAUAUUUGAAGAUUAUGUUUUGUGUAUCUAUUAACCCUCACUGAGCCAAAUUCCUAUUCAUGUCCCAGGCUGAGAUCCCUCCUAAGAAGGAUUUUGCAUUUGCUUCAUUACACAAAUAGAACAUAUUUCCUAAUCCUGUUGAUCUGAUCCUUACAGUGUGUGAAGAAUACAAUGGCAGUAUUCUUCCAGCCUGACUAUAGAAUGUGCAACCAAACUGUUCUCCUUUACCAACUUCACUGUUGUUACAACUUAUACACAAGUCGUUUAUUUCUGGCAUAUCAGUUUUCAUAUAAUCUAAACUUCUACACAAAAUACUCCCAAAUCAAUAUAUAUGUAGUGACAUUUGUGCAAUCUAAAAUAGAAGUGUAUCAUUAAAGAGAUUAUGUCAGUUACACAGCAAAAAUUGUUUCUUUAUUAAAUAUGUAAAAAUAUGUAAUAUGUCAUCCUUUCACUACCAUAUUAUUUUCUUUAAAUGGGAAGGUAAAUAAAAUAUGCAAUGCAAAUAAUACAGUGGCAUGGGAAUUAAAUAUAUCAUAAGUAUGUACAUAUAAACAAAAUAAAAAAAAAUAUUAAGAGUUUAAAUUAUUGCAAGAUUAGUUUGAAAUGCAAUAAUUUUUUUCAUUUUUGCAACUUUAAAUAUACUAUAUCAUAUCUCAUUACUUGAAUGAACAUUACAAACAUAUGUACUUGGAACUCUGGUAGUCUUCAACAUCUGUGUACAUGACUAAAUAGUGCUACCACUACAAGUCUCCUAAUACUUGUUCACUUCAAAGUCCUUUGAUGUCAGAAUAACAUCCUCACACAUUACUCACCCUCUAAAUAUAUGUACACUUUUCAGUAAGACCCUUGGGGAUAAUAUUCACAAUCGCUAGGAAUAUCUAGGUAAUGGAAUGCUUACCAAAUCCAGAAUGAAAACAAAUUGAAGAUAACCUAGUCCUCAACGGGAAAGAGAGAGCAGUUGCAUCUAGCCAUUGCAAAGAUUAAGAGCCAAGUUUACCCGAGUCUUUUCUUGUCAAAUGUGGCUUGGUUAGUUUGUGAAGCUGUUUUGCUGUGGAAACAUCUUUCUUUCUUCUAAGGACAUAGCUGAAGUCUCUUAGUGAUCAGCAACACAACUGCCUUAAUAAGUCUUAAUUCCACAUUGUUUCAGUCCACUUCUUCAAUCUUUAUGACACUGGGCCUUCUCUCUCUCUCUCUCUCUCUCUCUCUCUCUCUCUCUCUCUCUCUCUCUCUCUCUGUCACACACACACACACACACACACACA